AUGCAGAUUGAGGAGCUCUUUGAAGAAUCAGAACUGAGCAGCGAAACAGCUCGAUUUAUCAUCGAAGGCUCAGCGUAUUAUGAUAUUGAAGAUGAUUCGGGGAAAUGGCUCCGGAUUCUGUGCGAGUACGGCGAUUUGCUAAUUUUACCUGCUGGACGAUUACACAGGUUCACCACUACACCAAAGGUAACUGCGUUUCUUUUCCUGCUGGUGCCAAAGCCAGUCAUUCAGUGCAAAUGUUCACAUCAAAAGCCAAAAAUACGCUUUUUUUAG